AUGGGCACAGGUGCAAGCGCGACCUUGGCCGAAACGGCCCAAAGCUUCUCCGAUGAUGAGUUGAAGGCUGCCUUCAAGGGUGUGCCGGCCGCCGACAGGAUGAGAAUCGCAGCUGCGGCAGUUGACGGGAUUGACCAGUAUGGAGCUGUUGCAGAUGGCGCCGGCGUAGGUGUCGAAAGCCCCGGGCUCCCAGAAGCACCAGCAGAUUGGAUCAAGGAAUGUCUUGACUGCCACAACAAGUUCAGGGCGAACCAUGGUGUACCAGCAUUGGAGUGGAGCCACGAGUGCUAUGAGUUCGCCUUGCUGCAGGCAGAGACAUGCCAGGCGAAUGGAAAGAUCUCUCAUGGGAACCAGCAGGGUCCAUCUGGCUUCCAUGGACAGAACACCUAUGGCUGUUCUGAGCCUGAUCCUGUGUGCAAUGCGGUGCAGGCGUGGUACAAUGAGAUCAAGGAUCCUGGGUAUGAUUUCAAAAGCCCUGGUCCCAAACCUGGUGUGCAUCACUUCACACAGGUGGUGUGGAAGGGCACCACCAAGGUCGGCAUGGCAAAAUCUAAGGAUGGUUGCUUCAUGGUGGCCAACUACUUCCCAGGUGGCAACAUCACCAAUGAAGGGUACUACAAGGAAAACAUUCCCGAUCCCAAAGCCGAUAUGUGGGCCAAGCUCAUGGCGGUUGAGGUCGUUGAGAGCAAAUUGAAGGCGGAGGUGGUGGACGCCAGUUUCGAUGCCACGGCAGAGUGCUCCAAGUCGGCGGUCACAGCAACGUCCAUGACAAUUGAGAUGGAAGCAGCUCUCAGAGGGUGCCCCUUCAAGGAUUACCUUGAAGACGUCCACAAGGCCUUUAAAGAGAAGGGCAAAGUUACUGUUGACCGGCAGGGCAAUGAUGUAAAGAUUGUGAUUGAAAUUGGCGACGUGAUCAAUGAACUGAAUAGCUCGUGGUGA